UGAAAUGUUGCGGAAACGAGACCAGGCCUAAGGGCUUUUUGGUUUUUGCAAUUUUUAAAAUAAUUUUUUGAUUAGUGGCUUUCAAGGAUAUAAGCUUCGCAACGAGCUCACACAGUAGGAGACUCGAAGUAUGCUGUUCUUAUAGAACCCACACAAGCAGCUUCAUCGGAUAAAGUAUGGCUAGCGUACUUUUCUUGCUCAUUUUCUGGACGGCUCUACUGCGGCCAGUCGAUGGUCAAGGUUGCAACAAGCCUAUCCUGUUACCUAACAUGAACUACACAGAGUCUUCUGUUUUCAUGUCAAGAACAGGAGCACGUUUUAGUGGGUUUUAUGUUGCUGCAACAAACUCAAUCUUUCCAUGGGGUCCCAAGAGACAUAGUCUAGAUGACAUUCCCAGUAAAGAGUAUGUCAAAGUUGAUCUUCUUGAUUUGUACAUGCUGACAGCCGUUCAGGUGUUGCAGCCUAUGUAUGGGAGUGUUAAACUUGGAACUCCAGAGCACUUUGUUAUGAUGACAGCAAUAAAACCUGAGAAUUGGAUGGAAUAUAAAGAGGGAACUGAUAAUGCGACGAAGUUUUCUGACUCAGCAGCCGGUGGUGAUCCAAUCAAGCUAGCAAAUCCAGCUUUAGCACGAUAUGUCCAGUUUCGGCCUAUCAUUACCAAGCCUGGUUCUGUGUUUCUCAAACUGCAAAUCUUUGGCUGCAAACUGAAAGGAGAAAGUUUAACCUUACGUGGACCUUUGGUGGACAAAGAAAAAAGUAACCAUAACAACAUAACUGAAUCAUUUCAAAAUCUGUUUCACGAGUUUUCAGAGGACGAUUUUGGCAGAAAGUUUUCUUUGCAGUUGGUUCUUUGGUUGGAUUCGUUUCCUCUGGUUCCCAAAGUCGUGUUUGCUAUAAAACAGCCAGAUGACAAAAAAGGGACCAUUGUUCUUUCUGUUUCGAUUGGAGCAACAUUUGUUCGUUUUAGGUACUACAACAAAGCUGUCAACUUCCGGUUGACUCUUCUUCCUGGAAAAUGGCAUCAGCUGAUUUUGACUAAAUCUGUAAACACAAUUCAUCUUUUUAUAAACUGCGUCGAUGCAGGAAGGCAGUUAUUAAAAUAUGAUACCAUGGAUCCCCCGCCUCAACGAUUUUGGUUUUUUCGCAAGACAAAGGCAUUCAUCUGCAAUGCAAUUCUCUUGUCAAAGCCUACGGAGAGUACCAAAACAUGUGAUAGGUUUCUCCAUGGUUGUUUCUUGCCGCAAGGCGUGCCCAAGGCAGCACAGACGGCUGGUUCGAAUAAUUGGAAGAAUAUAGCAGGUGGUUCCAAAGCGAUUGGGAGAAAUGAAGCACCUUUGGAAAUCAUACUCGGACAAGUUAGGGUCAACAUUGAUCCUUUGGUGAUGGAAGAAUUCAAAGGACAGCCUGCAUUGAUCGAAAUUCUCCAACUUGCCACCAAAGACGAAAUUUUAGGGAAGGGAUCAGGAAAGCCUACGCAGAAAACGGUAGAGAGAAAAGUAUUGUUGUCUACCACUGUGACUCCAAGCAAAGCUUCAAUAACACGAGCUCAGAUGACGAUAACCUCCGUUGCUCCUGCCAGCCAACCCUUGACGCAGUCAGUUCUUGGACAAACUACCCGUCGACCAAAAACAACUGAAGACACAAGGACACGUUUGCUUGAUACAACUACAAAAACAGAUACAUCAACUGGAAAACCAAAAGAGGGUAAAGAAAUGAGAAAGCAGCCUUUGACGGCUCAAACAACCCCAGAACCACAUAUUAGCAGCAAAGAAACUGACUUUCCAAAGCCUACAACGAUGAGUCUAUCAGAGAAAAGUAGCAAAGAGAAAGACCUUAUUGAUAUAACAGCUGAUGCACCAAAAACGACCUUGAAAACUAUGACAAGUAAAGAGACAUCCACCUUGGAUCCCAGUGCACAAACCAAUAAAUUUAACGUGACUACAGCAUCCAAUGUGUCAGCUUUUACGCCAUAUGAGAGCAGCCCUUUUACACCUACGGUUUUGGUCAAGCAGAAGUAUUGGUACUUAAGAGGCCCUCCUGGCCCUAAAGGGUAUUCUGGAAGUCCAGGCCAACUGGGACCAGAAGGUGAAAUCGGCGAUAAGGGUGAAAAAGGAGCCAGCGGAAAAGAUGGUGCACCAGGCCCAGUAGGUCCACCAGGCGUAGUUGGUCUACCAGGCCCUCCUGGUGCUAAAGGGAUGUUUGGAAUUCCAGCUAUCCAUCGACAUGGCAGAGACGGCGCAAGGGGUGAACUUGGGUCUCAAGGACAAAAAGGAGCGAAAGGACCACGUGGAUUAAAGGGUGAAAAGGGAUACAAAGGACUCCCAGGCCCAAGAGGAACUACUGGGGACAAGGGGUUGAUUGGUGAUGUAGGAAAGCCCGGAACGGUUGGACCGUCUGGUCGUCCUGGUCCGAAAGGAGCAGAAGGAGAACAGGGACCGCAGGGAGUUCAAGGUGAAGAAGGAAGGAAGGGAAGAAUUGGAAAUGAUGGAGCCAUGGGUCUACGUGGAAUUGAAGGAAAACCUGGGGAACAGGGCCCAAAAGGUUCUCGCGGUGAAGUUGGAAAUCUUGGUGAGAAUGGAAAACCAGGAAAAGUGGGGUUAUUUGGAAAGCCGGGUCCACCAGGCCCUGCUGGAGCACCCGGUAACCUAGGAACUCCAGGCCUUUCGGGAAAAUUGGGAUUACCUGGCCAAAAGGGUUCCAAUGGAGACGCUGGUGACCAGGGGCCUAAAGGUGAAAAGGGUAACCGUGGGGAGAUCGGACGAAAUGGUGCGAUUGGAGACCAAGGCAUACUGGGUGAAGUAGGAGAUGAAGGUUUUACAGGUGAUAGAGGACCACCAGGAAAACGGGGUCAGCCUGGACCUUUAGGACCGAAAGGUUAUCCUGGCCAAAGAGGUUACAAGGGUGUUCAAGGCCCCUCUGGUGCUCCAGCUCCUCAUGGAAAGCCAGGCUUACCUGGUCUAAACGGAGUAAAAGGGGCAGUUGGGGCAAACGGAAACAAAGGAGAAAAGGGUGCCCAAGGCUCUUUUGGACCAGAGGGAGAAUUGGGGCCUAAAGGUGAAACUGGAGAUGUUGGUCUCCCCGGAAUAUCCGGCUCGUCAGGACAAAAAGGCUAUCCUGGUGAUAUUGGUGAUUCUGGAGCAAUUGGAGGAAAAGGAGAUGUUGGAACAUUAGGGCUACCCGGAGGGAAGGGAGCAAAAGGCGAGAAGGGAAAGCGUGGGAAACAAGGAGCCGUUGGAAAAAAAGGCGGAAAGGGUAUUCCGGGCCAUCCUGGUCGGCCCGGCUAUAGAGGAGAUGCUGGAAGACCUGGUUUAGACGGUGAAAAUGGCCCCACUGGCAGGCCUGGCUAUCCUGGUUUAAAGGGUUUCCCGGGAAAUAAAGGCCCGCUUGGAGAGAAAGGCAAAACAGGACAGCCUGGAAAGAAAGGUCUUCCUGGGUUUAGUGGACCAGAAGGAGAGCUUGGACCUAAGGGCGCAAAAGGGCAAAAGGGUGAGGCUGGAAAACAAGGCAAACAGGGCAUAACUGGGGAAGCUGGUAUUGCCGGUGACUCAGGACUUAUUGGACCAAGGGGACCACAAGGUGCGAAAGGGAAAAGGGGUCAAAUUGGUGCUGCCGGGAUUACGGGGCCAUUUGGACUCCCUGGCUUUCCUGGUGAACCAGGAGAUGACGGGAAAGAGGGUGUCAAAGGAGAUAGGGGUGACUCAGGGAAACCAGGAUCUACAGGAUUUGAAGGAUUACAAGGUCGGCUUGGGGAUGAAGGUGAAAUGGGACCGAAAGGUGAAAAGGGGGUCGCUGGAAAUGUUGGCAAUUCUGGGCAACCUGGUAAAGCGGGGGAUGCUGGUGAAGCAGGAGAGCCAGGUGCUAUUGGAGACCCAGGAUUUAACGGAUAUCAGGGCGAAAAGGGCAAUAGAGGAACACCCGGUGCUGUUGGCAUCAAAGGCUUUCCCGGUGAAAGAGGAGAUGUUGGAGCCCCAGGACAAAAUGGACUGACUGGAGUUGCUGGGAUUACGGGCAGUAGAGGAAUUCUGGGUAAAAGAGGCGACCCAGGCCCCCAGGGUGCCAAGGGGUUUCAAGGACCUCGAGGGAUUCGUGGCUCAACUGGAGACAAGGGAGUUGUAGGUGACCCUGGAAAAGAAGGAAAAAGAGGGGCCCGAGGGGAAAAGGGAGACUCUGGAAAAAAUGGAUUGGAUGGUACACCAGGGAAAAAGGGACUCGAGGGAAUCAAAGGUAUUAAUGGAGACGAAGGAGACGUGGGAGAUGUUGGUUUGAAGGGUGAGCAGGGAUCAAAGGGCUCUGCUGGAGAUAAAGGAAGAGACGGGAACGUUGGUUUUUCUGGAGUUCCUGGUCGACCAGGGCCACCUGGUCCUCGUGGAGAAUCGGGUAAAAAUGGGAAGAAUGGCUUGGAUGGACUUCCAGGUCCUCGUGGAGAAUCGGGAAUACCAGGUCUGAGCCAACGAAAGGGUGCCAAAGGGGGAUUUGGAUAUAGAGGACCGAAAGGAUUAAAAGGGGCCAGUGGAAAGAAGGGGCGGAAGGGGGAAAGGGGUGAAAGAGGCCGCCCUGGACCGCCAACAUUAUAUGGACUCACCGGACCUCAGGGUCCUCCGGGUCACGAAGGGAAAAUAGGCGAGGAAGGAAGACCUGGUACUCCGGGUAGAGUUGGUCCUCUUGGAAUACCAGGAAAAAUGGGCAAAAUGGGAAAAACCGGUGCUCGAGGGCCAAACGGGAUAAGAGGUAUAAAAGGUGUCCUUGGUGAAAAGGGUGAUGUCGGUGAUCAAGGAUUGCAAGGGCAAACGGGACCGGAAGGUGUGAAGGGUAUUCCUGGAGACCAAGGUGAAAAUGGACCUCGGGGCCUAAAAGGUCGAAAGGGUAGUAGAGGUUUUGAUGGUCGUCGUGGGCAACCAGGCCAAAAGGGUAAAAAGGGUUUUCGCGGCGAAGAGGGAGCCAAAGGAUACGAUGGUAGAAGAGGCCCAAAGGGUUUUUCUGGAGAACUGGGACCACCUGGACCAAAGGGACCAGCAGGAAGUGCCCCCUUAUACAGCGUUGUGCCUCAGUCACGUUUUAUGAUGUACUACUACAGAGGAAUAACACCAGCAAAUACUCCAAAAUUUGUUAUGAGUCAUUAUCUAAUGUAUUUAACAAACGAAGUUGACGAAAUCAAAUAUCCAAUUGGGACGCGAAAGAACCCAGCAACCACGUGCCUGGAGAUCAGUGACAACUUGGAAGAUAUCAAAGAUGGUUUCUAUUGGAUCGAUCCAAAUAGAGGCUGCAGCAAUGAUGCGAUCAAGGUUUUCUGCAAAUUUUCAGACAUCCCCGAGACUUGCUUGGAGUCCAACAGUUCAGAUUUACCACUCAAAAGAUGGCAUGAUGCUAAAAACCCUGAUGUCCUCAUGUUGUCAGAUUUAAUCAACAUAGAAAGAAUAACAUAUGGAACAAAAAAGGCACAGAUCAACUUUUUGAGACUUCUUGGCGUUCAGAUUCGCCAGGAAAUUACAAUUGAUUGUGUCAACUUCCCUGCGAUUUCGUAUUUCGACGAUAAACCAGAAGGUUUUCUCGUCGAAUUUAUCGGAUGGAAUCAUCGACAUAUUGGAUCAAAUGAUAUUGAAAAAUUUCGAAUUAUCAAAGACACUUGUAAGAAUGAUUCGAGACAGAGGGGAGCUGUUGUCAUUGAAAUUUCAACAAGCCAAAAUCUAAAAGAUUUACCAGUUAUCGAUGUUAAAAUACAAACCAUGGGCAGUCUACGAGAGCAAGUUGGGAUAAGAUUUGGUAGACUGUGUUUUCAAUAAUUGAAAUUAUAAAAAUCAAUUUUACUGUUAUCGUGUAGUUUUUUGAAAUCAUUACAUAAUUCUAUAUUUAAACAUUUGGGAUUCAAGAUCCUUAUAUUUAAUGCCGUUGCUUCAAUGAAAAUGCUGGGAUUUUUGAAAACACAAACACAAUACCGAAUCUAAUAAAAAAAGUUUCUUGCUUCAAACAUGUCAUGUUUCUAUUUUUCUAUCCAUCAAAUGAAUUGAUUUCUACUGUGAUGUCUAUGUCUUUAAUCACUAUAGAAAGGCAAUAAAUCAUGAAGCAGAGAAUGAAAAUCAUUCUUGCACGUUAAGAUUCGUUCUUAAUGACGUAGAAAGAGAAGCCUUACUGUGGAAUAUGACAUAUCACCUUUUACGUUUGACCUAUGGAAUAUGACCUUUAAUCUAACAAGUUUGACCUUUGGAAUAAUAGCUUUUCCCCAAGAAAUUCACUUUAGGCCCUAUCAACUACUCUCAUCUGACUUUUUCUUUUAUUUCUAGAAACUUUUAGAAAUCGUUAAUUUUUAAGGAUGAUCUUUUGACGGAAUUCAAUUUUUAUGGAAAGUCUUACAUAUCUAAUCAUUUUAUUUUUUAUCAAUAACUUUUAGUUUGUAACCUUGAUUUUAGAGCGUUUUUUAUUUUUAUAUGAAAAUAAAAUCAAAGUCUGGUAGUUGACUAAUUUUCUAUUUAAACGUAGAUAUUUUUGUGUAAAUGGAGAUAAGUUAUUCACUCAUUUUAUAUAUAGUAUUAGAAAUAUAUCACUUUUAACUGAGAAGGUUUAAACCAUGUAAAUUUUAGCUGGGGUUGCAUCAUUGCUCUCUUCGUUAGUCUAGUAAUAAUUUUCUGUAAAAUUGCAACAAAAUAUAUUGCAAAGUAGCCAAAUUACAAUUAUUUUGUAUUCGAUCACUUAAUCCCUUAGUAUUUGAACAAUUUUUUUGCGGUACAGAAUUUGAAAAUGGCUUUGAUAA